GGGGGCGGGGGCGGGGUCCGGGACUCAGGCCCGCAGAACCCAAGGGUGAGCGUCGUGGAGCGCACGCUCAGAGCACACAGCUCAUAGGAGGAAGGAUGUGAUAGUCCAAAACCCCGGGAGCUGACGGUCAGAGAGAGGGAAAGGUGGUUACGGAGACCAUGCAGAGCAACGGGAGGUGGAGGAUCCCGGAGGUGACAGCAAGGAGAGUACGCAACGGCUAGGGGAUUCUGAAGUGGGCCCAGGUGACUUCUGUGAGGACGCAGGGCAAGCGGGCAAAAGGAAGGGAAGGCAGCCCCAGGGUGCUGCAGACCAGCCCCGCUAGUGCGGGAGAUAACAUGUCCGGCGAGCGGCCCCCCCGCACCGACAUACCCCGCAACCUGAGCUUUAUAGCUGCGCUGACCGAGCGCGCCUACUACCGCAGCCAGCGGCCCAGCCUCGAGGAGGAGCCGGAGGAGGAGCCAGCCGAGGGCGGGACGCGUCUGGGGGCCCGAUCCCGCGCUCACGCUCCGAGUCGGGGUCGCCGGGCCCGUUCCGCACCCGCCGGAGGCGGCGGGGCCCGGGCACCCCGCAGCCGAAGCCCGGACACCCGCAAGAGAGUGCGUUUCGCUGACGCGCUGGGGCUGGAGCUGGCCGCGGUGCGCCGCUUCCGCCCCGGAGAGCUGCCCCGGGUACCCCGCCACGUGCAGAUCCAGCUGCAAAGAGACGCCCUCCGCCACUUCGCGCCUUGUCAGCCGCGCUCCCGAAGCCUCCAGCCCCCACAGGAGGCGCGCGCAGCCCUAGAGCCGGCCAGCGAGCCCGGCUUCGCCGCCCGCUUACAGGCGCAGCGCAUCUGCUUGGAACGCGCCGAGGCGGGACCACUGGGCGUGGCUGGGAGCGCGCGCGUGCUGGACCUGGCCUACGAGAAGCGCGUUAGCGUGCGCUGGAGCGCCGACGGCUGGAGAAGCCAGCGCGAAGCGCCCGCCGCCUACGCCGGCCCGGCCCCGCCCCCUCCGCGAGCCGAUCGUUUCGCCUUCCGUCUUCCAGCGCCGCCCAUUGGGGGCGCCCUGCUCUUCGCCCUACGCUACCGUGUGACGGGUCGCGAGUUCUGGGACAACAACGGCGGCCGUGACUAUGCUCUGCGUGGGCCCGAGCAUCCGGGCAGUGGCGGAGUCCCGGAGCCCCAGGGCUGGAUCCACUUUAUUUAAGACAAGACGUCCGCAGCCCAUGGCAGAAAAAAACUAAGUUGAUCUCUGCUAUUCCUUCUUCCUCCAGAAGGGGUAGAGAGUCUACUUCCUUUUCUCCAAGACCAUGGUUGAUCCACCUUCCUCCCUCAGGCUCCUUCUUGACAGUCUUCUAAAGGGAGAAAAGGGGAAAGAAGCAGUUCCUGUUGUUACAGAUGAACAAGGAGCCUUAAGGUAACCAGCUUCCCACAUCCUUUUUCAUUACUAAUUUCUCAAAAACUUCUGUUUCCCCUUA